GUACAUUAUCCUUAGAGCAAUAUCCAAAAGCUGUAUAAAAAGGGCCCAGCAUGAUGCAUCGAAACCAAUUGUAGCAUCCUCAUCAUUCACUUACAGUAAAACUCAACUAAAACUUCCUCCUUUCAACUUCAACAUCUACCAUCACCAAAUCUCACCCACGUUCGCAAUUCUUAAAAACUUCGGUUGUUAUUUACCGACCAUGCUCUCCCAAAAGAUUUUCGCUACCCUCGCUCUAGCCGCGGCUUUUCUCCCAGGAACGCUUGCCCGCUGCAAGCUUGGUAUGCAAUAUCACCAGGACGGCAAAUGGCACUAUGUGGCCCAUUACGCCGACAUCGGCGACACAGUGUACAUUAUGGGUCACAGCACUACGAUCGGAAUUAGAUGCCAGCCCGCGAAGCCGUCCGAGAUGGGCCUUGCCAACAUAACGCGCUACGACGACUUCACCUGCGUCCACACCAACCUGAACAACCAGUAUGUCCACUCCGUCGCCCAAUUCUUGCCCUGGCACCGCCUCUUCGUCCAGGUCUACGAGAACGCGCUCCACGACUGCGGCUUUCAGGGGGUGAUGCCAUAUUGGGACUGGUCCCUCGACACGGCCAACGUGACCAAGUCGCCUAUCUGGGACGCCAAUACUGGCUUCGGCGGCAAUGGUGACUCAGCAAUUGACUCCCGGGAGGGCAGCGUCAAGAAGUGCCUUGUUGAUGGGCCGUUCGCAGGCCCGCAGGUCGCCUGGACCACGGAAGGCCACAACCCUCACUGUCUCGCCCGCAACUGGAACAACGGUACCUCCUACCCGGGAAACAUGUUCUCCGAUAACUACGACAACAAGACCAUCGCCGAUAUUGCCGCCCUAGACAAUUACCCCGACUUCCGCUACCGGCUCGAGGGCGUCCCACACGGCGCCUUCCACUCGGCCAUCGGCGGCGACAUGCAGCAGGCCAAGCCCGAGGAGCGCACCACAGCUUUUGGUGGCCCCAAGAGCCAGGCCAGUGACGCCCCCGAGGCUACUGUCGAAGAUACUAUGUCCUACUUAGGCCUUAUUCCCGAUAUCAAGAUUAAGGAGGUUAUGUCUACCCAGCCCGAGAUCCUUUGCUAUACCUACUAA